ACCACCCUUCGGCCAGAACGUUUGGAAUGUGGUCAUGGAGGACAUACUGCCUUGGAGGGAGACCUAAUUUAGCCAAUGACGCACUUGACUGUACCGGUGCCAGAGUCAACAACAUACCGCCUACAAGCCUCGCACUGUUCGGUAGGGCUGCCUGGUGGGACCGAGGGUUUUGUGAAUUACAAACGGAGGCUUUGUUUACAAGUUUAUCGUCAUUACGUCAUUGCGUCACUGGGACGACAUGAGCGGGAGAGCGUUGUCGACAACCGGGGUACCUAAAGGUUCCACCACAAAGAGUAUCCAGGCCAGACAGGCUAAUAUCAACGUAGCCGCCCUGUUACCUGGCGCCGCCCCUCCCCGUGCACGGUCACCCCAGCCGGGACGCACUGCGCAGGCGCCACGACCGCAGCCAGACGCAAAGUUUGAAAGUAAAAAGCCUCCACCAGAGCAUGCGGGGCCCAAGGUAAACUUGGAUGAGUUACGCAACGUCAGACAAGACCUGAAGUUUGCCGCGAUGCCCAAAGGCAAAUCUUACGUACAGUUAGAGCACAACAUAGAAUCUAGAGGUCCAGCGCACGAGGGUCAGUAGUGACAAGAAAGACACCGGUUGCUUUAGAUGUACAGAAUUCGCUGAUGACGAUGUGUCAUUUAAAUAAUUGGCCACCUUGGUGACUU